AUAUACUUUCCGCAACGCGGGAACGGCUACCCCGAAAAAGCGCGUCCAGCAAACGCCCUCCCCACCCACUCCUCCGCCGUCCGCGAAAAGUGGCAGCGGCACUACCACACCUCCUCGUGGCUCGUGCCCAUCUCCCUCCCCAUCCCCGGCGUGCGCACACGUCGCCUCCGCCUCAUGCUCCCCAACCUCCCCAGGCUGCACCACAGCACCAUCACCCGCUUCGGCAGGAGAAGAGGCCGUCUGCUCCUCGCGCUCGGCUUCCUCGCAGUCGUGUUCACCGUGGUCAUGAUGGUGUCGCUGCGCGACCGCUUCGUGCCGGAGGACCGGAACUGGCCGGCGUACCAGGAGCCCCCGACGCUCAUCUACAGGCGUGAGGACCUCCAGCGGAUAUGGGAGUGGGAAGUAGCUGCUGGGCACUACCCGAGCGGGCAGAAAAUCCCCGAGACCGUUGGUCUGUUGACCCCGCCGCUCAACCCGGCCUUGCCGCCCAGGAAGACGUCCACGAUCCCCACGAGGUUCCGCCCACCAUCUGUGACGGACACCACCGGCAUUGGUGCGAAGCGUGUCUACGUGGACAUUCAGGCGAAGCCUCCGAAUGUCGCGUACCCGCCACGGCCAUUAUCUGGCAGCGUCGCGGACUUGGACGUGGUCAUGGAACACUGUGAUUUCUCACAGAACAAGUACGUGCGUGACUGUCUCGAGAUUCUCCGCCUUGGAGGUGGCCUGGACAACGGUGCGCGGGUCCGAAGAGGGAAGAUGGACGAAUGGAAGUAUAUCUACGUGGAGGACGGCGAGCUGCAGAACAGCACGCAGACCGUGCCUCCCGUCAACCCGGCGCUCGCGCUCAAGAGCCAGGGCGUGGCGGACCCGAACGCCGGCUUUAGCAAGAAGCGCAACACCGACUGGGAGCCGCACGUCCACUUCGCGCAGCCCCCGGAGUACAUUGCGCACCAAGACCGCCCUGCGUCAUGCGUAGAGAACCCGCACUUGUUCCACAUGUUCUGGACGGGGCCGUUCACGGACAAGCCUUAUCUCGCGCUGCUGUCCUUCCUGUACACGCAGAACCUCGGCCUUCACAUAGACCCCGAACAUGAUGACCCCGUCUGCCGGCCCAAGUUCUGGUUGUGGAUCAACCCUGGCCCUGCGGCAUCUGUUCCGAACCCCACGGCGAUGCGCGACAUGUUCGAGCAGCUCAAGUCGAACCCCUGGGCGUCGCCGUUCCUGCAUCCCCGGUUCAAGGACGUCAUCCAGUUCAAGCUAUGGAAUACCACCGAGCAACUCGACGGCGUUCCGGAACUCAAGGACGAGUGGAGGGACCUACGGGAUACACUGUUCAACUCUGGCGGUGUCGUGGAGAAGAUCCCUCAGCCAGUCGAUUCGGUCACUUCGAAGGAAGAGUCCAGCGGUACUGCUACUGCCGAAAGCACGAAGACUGAGGGCGAGAAGGACGACAAGGUGAACCGAGUCGGCUCCAAGUCGCCAUCCUCGUACGACCGCUUGUCUGUCAUUCUCUCGGACAUGGCGCGGUUCGUCCUGUGCCAUCGCUUUGGUGGCAUCUACCUGGACGCGGAUACCAUCCUGCUGCGGGACUGGGAAGAACUCUGGGGCUGGAAGGGCGCGUUCGCGUACCGGUGGUCCCGCCUGGAAAGGUACAACACCGCCGUGCUGAAGCUCAACAAGGGCUCUGCUCUGGGAACGUUCCUGUUCCGCACUGCGCUCAAGAACGGCUUGGACUUCCAUCCGAUGACCGUGUCAAGGUAUACGAAGGACGCCGCGCUUGAGCCGCUACUGCUGCGGUUGCCUGACGCGCUUUUCGACUCGGCAUGGCUGAACACCGAGGACUUCCAGCGCGAGCGGCCGCCCCAGCCGUACUUCACGGAGUUCGGCGACUUUUUCUUCACCCCACGGGAGAGGAGCGCAGCGCCCCACGCACUUGGCUUCAACGGUUUCUUCAGGGGGGCUUACUCUUAUCACUUCCACAACUUCUGGUGGCAGCCCUUCGAUGCGACCAGGAAUUGGCCGGACCUCGGGCCUCGCUUCAUCAAUGGCGAGCGCCAGGCGCGCACACAAGCUGAUGCGUCCAUGCUCGAGCGCAACGAGUUUCCAGAGGACCUGGUAGCGGACGACAAGCGCGACCUCGACUGGUCCGUCGUCAUCAAGCGGACGUUCGAGGCGUACAUCCGGGGAGAGGCCCCGAACAUGUAUGGCGAAUGGGUCAAGUGGUGAACAGGCACCCGUUACCACCCCUCGCCGCUACGAUCAUGAUGAUACAGCCCUGGCGUCUUCGUCGUCGUCGCAUACCACUUCUUCGCGGUGUAUAUAUCUUUCUUUAUUGACCCGCCUAGAUCACCCCUUUGCACCGCUGUCGCUGUCCCCCUGCACGCGAACUCUCAAUCUUCAAUACGCGCUCUGGCACUCCGCCCCCGUCCACGAUGCUAUCAUCCUACCCGCCCCUAGUUCUUUAUCCCUUAUCCCAAUUCGAUGUAAUACGCGCGUACCCGGCUCGGACAACCCCUUAUCCACCUUUGUGAUCGCCAGUCGGAGUUUUGGAUUAUCCCCGCGAGAGGCUGGAGUAGAAGUUUACCACCAGGUCCGACUCAGGGUCCCGCGACGACGCGAAACCGUAAC